UCGAGAGACCAUCCUGGUCGUUCGGCGACGCGAAGAGGCUCUAGGGUUCCGUCUGAGAAAAAAUUGAUCUUUUAAUUCGAGAAAAAUUCUAUAAAAUUCUUGAUAGAUUUCAAUCAAUGGCCGGGAAGAAGCAGCGGAAGAAGCUUUCUUGGGCUCCUGAUUUGAGUUUGCGUCAGAAGAAGGAAGCAUUGACACCUGCUACCCAAUAUUGCUGAAUUCAGAUGGCGGUAGAACUCACAGGAUGUAUGGUUUUGUUUCCAAGGAACUAUUAACAUUCUUCCUUCUUUUGCAGUGAAAAUGUGUAUCACCAUACUCAAGGGUUAGGAUGUUCUUAUCUGAAGAUCCUCCUUCUCAGUUUAGAUAUGGAGGGCAAGACCAUCUUCAGGCAAAGUCAUCAUGGCUAUGGCAUGCUACUGAAAUGGGCUCUGAUGAUUCUCUGCCUCCUGGUUUUGAAAUCCCUCCUCAGGCUACAAAAAAGUCUAAAAUUGAUGUUUCCCAGAUUCCACUAAUUAAGUGGAAAUCUCCUCCCAAAUUCCAGCUGAAUCCAGAAUGGCUGGUGGUUGCUGGAGGUGAAAGCGAAGAGGUGGCUAUUCAAAAUCAGAGACUAAGGGGAGUGCUUGAGGCAAUUUAUCCACGCGCAUCUUCCAUUCCUCCAGACCCUGCUGUUCUUUCGGGAGGAGAAACUUCUCUAUUUGAUGAUUUUGAUGUCCCUCUGAUCCCAAUAACGGCUGCUGAGGAUGAGGAUGCAUCUGAGUUGUCAGAUUCUAUGGUUUCGGUAGACACAUCCUCCCGAUUGCAACCGGUCGAUGUAUCAAAGAGCUGGCCAGAGGUAGCACCAGGAAUGCUGCCACCAGAUUUUAGGUUUCCUACUGAACCAUUACGACUGAAUUCAGCUCCGCCUGCUCAAGACUUUGUUCAUGGUGAAAGAUCAGCAAUGGGUGCCACACCUGUCGGAGAACCAGAUGUUGUGGCUGCCGCCUCUGUUGCAUUCACAGCAAUUAUGCGAAGCAACGAGGCAGGCAGCAUGGUUGAUCCUGAUUUAUUGAUCAAAAUCUUCAGCAAUCCUGCCCUUGUCGAAACACUCACAUCUGAGUACGGGGCUCCCAAACAACUUCCGCUCCCGGGUGUCACUUCAUCAGCUCCACCUCCAUUGUCUCAAAUCGGCAUCACCUCUUUGCAACCUCCUCCAGCUCCACAGUCAUAUCCAGUACCCAAUGUGAUCCGUCCACCUCCUGUAAAUCCACAAGCUCCGCCCGCCAUUCAGUUCAACACCGGCAAUCCUCUCCCGAAAGCUCUACCGAUGAGAGACAUAAACUACUACAAGAGUUUGAUCCAGCAGCACGGUGAAGAUCGACAAGAAGCCGCUCCUGCACAUAAUGCAAUGCAGUUUGGUAAUCACAGCCACCGCGACUACUCCAAAAAUUUAAUGCCAGCCAAUGGUUUGGACUUAGCAAGCGCGCAUGGCUCGAAGCAAAGAGAUGCAAAGCCGAAGAUUUCAAAACCCUGCAUAUAUUUCAACAGCCCGAGAGGAUGCCGACAUGGUUCUAAUUGCUCUUACCAGCAUGAUGUAGCAUAUCCAGCUCAUUUUGAGCAGCAGAAGAACUCCAAAAGAAUUAAGUUAGACAGUUCAGUUAAUGGAAGGCUCUGAUGUCUGUUCUUGUUCUUUCACCCUUUGUUGUUUUUUUUCUUUUCUUUUGUUUUUUCAUUUCGAUCUUUACCUCUUUUGUUUUUUGUAAUUUUUGGUGCCUUGUGUUCUUACAUGUGGUCAGUGAAUAGCAUGCAGCUUUUCUCCCUGUUUUAUGC